UUUUCUCCUCUCUCUCUUUCUUUUUUGUAAACAAAAUGAGACCUACUUAUAGUCUAUUUUGUUUAUUCUUUUAUACAAUUUCAUUUGUAACAUGCCACAGUGUUGACAAUAAACAAUUAUUAUGGGUGGAACCAAUAAAAACAGUAAAACUGGAUAUCGCAGCACGUUCAACUUUAUUUUUCGAAAAGCGAGAUAUUUCACCCAAUAGCCAUUACCAACCUAAUGCCCGUUCCCUGCAAUUUGAUGAUUCUCUUAGACUUUCAGUAGACGCUUACAACAAGACAAUGUAUUUACAUUUGUCUCCUAAUUAUGAUCUUUUUCAUCCUCAGGCUGUUGUUCAUCAAGAAGGAAAAUCAGUUAGAAUCAAUCCUUCAGAUUAUCGAGUCUAUCGUGGUUAUGUGGUUGAUCCUAUCUAUUCAGACCAUUAUUGGAUCAGUGGUUUUGAUGACAACAAUAUGGAAGAUCAACCGGGUAUAUUGGGCUGGGCCCGAAUUACAGUCCGAAAUGAUAUAAAGCAUCAUUUAGACCACCCUUUAUUUGAAGGUGCUUUUACACUGUAUGGCGACACUUAUCAUGUUAAACUCAGGGAAAACUAUUAUCUCACAAAAAGAGACGAUGAUGCAGAACUCACUGAACAGCACUUGAAUGCAUAUAUGAUCAUAUACCGUGACUCUGACACAGUUUUGCAAGACAGUCCCCUCGCAAAUACAGCAGGUGGCUGUGGAUUUGAUAGACUGACACACACAUCUGAAAAGAUUUAUAACCCAUUAGAGAUAAAUAUGGAUUAUACUGCCGGAUUUGGUAUGGAGAAUAAACUUUUCGGUAAAACGCUUGUGAAGAGAGCGCCUCCUACUGGUUGUCCAACUACCAAAAAAAUCUUGUAUAUGGGUGCAGCAGCAGAUUGUACCUAUGUUAAAUAUUAUCAAAAUGCAGACAAGGCUCGUAUGCAGAUUAUUAAUGACUGGAAUUCAGUCAGCAACGUCUAUGGCUCGACAUUCAAUGUAAAUAUCGGCUUGAUUAAUAUUACCAUUAUGGAUUCUACUUGUCCUUCUACUCCUGUAUCUUCAGUCAACUGGAAUCAAGCAUGUUCAACAGGAUAUUCAAUCUCAAGUCGUUUAAGUGAUUUCAGUCGUUGGAGAGGCAACAUUGGUGAUGAUGGUGCUGGUCUAUGGCACUUGAUGACAAAUUGCGCGACUGGUCCCGAAGUAGGAAUUGCUUGGAUGUCACAAGUGUGUAACACUGGUACAACUCGUUCAAGCUCAAGUGGCGAAUACACUUCAGGCACGGGUGUUUCCUCCAUUAUUCGCGAUGAAUGGAAAGUUGUUGCUCAUGAAAUUGGCCAUGGCUUUGGUGCUAUUCACGAUUGUACCUCACAGAAUUGUCCAUGUUCAGGAACCAGUUGUCAAUGUUGUCCUUAUAGUAGUACGCAAUGUGAUGCAGGAGGAAGAUAUUUUAUGAAUCCUACCAGCAAUGCAUCAUCUGAUGCUUUCAGUCCAUGUAGUAUUACCACUAUCUGUACUGCUAUGCCAAACUAUUUAUCUUGUUUAGAAGAGCCUGGAAGUAGAAAUGUCACUACUCUACAAAUGUGCGGCAAUGGUAUCAAGGAGACAGGAGAAGAUUGUGAUACAGGUGGACAAGCAAGUAACUGCUGUGAUUCUGCUACUUGUAAAUUUAAAUCAGGUGCUGUGUGCGAUGACUUUAAUGAUCUUUGUUGUAACAACUGUCAGCUAAGGCCUGCUAACUACACUUGUCGUCCUGCUUCUGGUGAAUGUGAUGUUGCCGAAGUAUGUUCAGGAACAUCAGGCGAUUGUCCUAGUGAUAAAUACAAAGAUGAUCUCACAAGUUGCAGCAACGGCAUGAAAUGUGCCUCAGGCCAAUGCACUUCGCGUGAUGCUCAAUGUGUGGCUCGUGGUACGACGAGCAACAUCAAAAAGUCGUGCGGUGCAGAUAACGGCUGUGCCAUGUCUUGCCAAAACCCUUCGUCUGCCUUGUCCUGUAUUAUUUUCCCUGGUAACUUUAUGGACGGUACUCCCUGUGGUAUUGGUGGCGUCUGUAAGAGUGGAUCCUGUGAUGAAAGCAAUUUUGGCAACAAUGCAUUGAACUGGAUUAAUAGUCACUUGUACAUUGUUAUCCCUGUAGCUGUUGUCGUUGGCUUACUUUUAUUGUUCUGUCUCUUCCGCUGUUGUUGUUACUCUUAUCCAGAUGGUUACAACAAUCUUGGCAAGACAACAAUCUAUACUAUUCCCGGACAACAACAACCAUAUCCACAAUACAGUGCUGGACCACAACCUUACUAUCCACCACCUCCUCCACCACCACAACAGCCUUAUUAUGCACCUCCUCCAAACGGUUGGGUUGAUCCUGCAUUAUACAAUGGUCCACCUGGAAGUCGCGAAUAUCCUCAACAACCUGUGCCUGCUUAUUCCCAAACAACGCCACACCAUGAUGCUUAUGAAUUAAAUAAUGCAAACAACUGGCAAAACAAUCAUACGCCAAGUACUCCUUUGCCUGGCUCACCUGCACCCAAUUACAAUCAAGUGUCUUCACCUUCACCUACACCAGCACCUCCACAACAUGGAAGCAUACCAAUGGGAAACAGACCCUACAAUGAAGGUGUCAUUUAAUUUGUAUCAUGUCAAUUUUUCAUGUAUUUUAUUUUGUGUGUAUAAAAUAUCCUUGUUUAUUUACCAAAUUUUAUUGCAUAUCAAUACAAUAAAGUAUAUCACAUACUCUUUUUUAUAUAUAC